CCUGACGUGAUUGUUGUGCGCGCGCGUCGCUCUGGGGUCCCGAGCCCGCCAUUGGCGUUUUCUGGUCAGCGGCAUCCUUCUGGCGGGGCUCGGGGCCGAGCGGGGGACGCGCGUCGCAACUGCUUUCCCCGUGGCUGGCAGAGCUCCGUUAUGGCUGCGGCGGAGGCGGAGGUGGCGAGCGCGGCUGCAGUUUCUGGUUCGGGUGCCGACGGCAGUGGCCAGUCGCCCGGAGUCGAAGGAGAGGGAGGAGGAGCGGUGGGCAAAGAGAAGGACGCGGCCGCGAAAGGAGCGGAGGCCGUCGGGGACAGCGAGGAUGACGGCGAGGAUGUGUUCGAGGUGGAGAAAAUCCUGGACAUGAAGAUAGACGGGGGCAAGAUUGUUUAUAAAGUUCGAUGGAAAGGAUACACAUCAGAUGAUGAUACCUGGGAGCCUGAGGUUCACCUUGAGGACUGUAAAGAAGUUCUUCUUGAAUUUAGGAAGAAAGUUGCGGAUAACAAAGCUAAACCAGUGAAGAAAGAUGUCCAGAGACUGCCCUUAAAUAAUGACAUAUUUGAGGCAAACUCUGAUAGUGAUCAACAAAGUGAGACCAAAGAAGACACUUUUUCAAAGAAGAAAAAGAAAAAACUAAGGCAAAAAGAAGAGAAAAGCCCAGAUGAUCUGAAAAAGAAAAAAGCAAAGACUGGGAAACUAAAAGAUAAACCCAAACCAGACCUGGAGAGCUCCUCUGAAAGUUUGGUUUUUGAUUUAAGGACAAAGAAAAGAAUUUUGGAAGCCAAAGAAGAAUUAAAGGAAUCCAAAAAGCCCAAAAAAGAUGAUACAAAAGAAACUAAGGAGUUAAAGAAAGUUAAAAAGGGUGAAAUAAGAGAUUUAAAGGCUAAAAAAAGAGAAGAUUCCAAAGAAAACAGAAAAACGAAAAAAGAGAAAUGUGUUGAGUCUCAGGUGGACUCUGAAUUGAGUGUCCUUAGUGAUUCCCCUUUUCCGGAAGAAGACAGUGAAGAUUUACAUUCUGACAACAGAAACGAGAAGCAGCCAAUUAAAGGUGCAAAAGAUAAAGCAGAGCCCCAGGCGAUUCAAGAUACUGUUUCUGAUAAACAGCAGGAUGGCACUGUAAGCACUGAUGAGGAUGAUGUCAAAGGAAAGAGGAAAAAAAAGAAACUGAGAAGGACAGAGGAACUUAAAGAGAGCAGAAAGCUAGAAAACAAGAGCCUCUUAGAGAAGAAAAAUACACAGAAAAAGCAGAGGAAUCCAGACAAAGGCCGAAGUAGCGCUGAGUUAGAUAAGCCGAUGGCUGCUUCCACCCCAGCGCAGAAGAGCUCCAGACCGUGUGUGGAGGAGAGAGGCUCCAGGCUCGCAGACUCCCCGGGGGAGGAGAAAGAGACCAAAAAAUAUGAACCCAAAGAGAAAUACCCGAAAAAACAUGAUUUGGACAAGGAAGAAAAAGGCCGAAAAGAGCCCAGGGCAUUAAAGACAUUUAAGGAAAUCAGAAAUGCACUUGAUUUAUUUAAAUUAACUCCAGAAGAAAAAAAUGAUUUUCCUGAGAAUAAUCGGAAAAGAGAAGAAGUACCACCAGAUUGUAAAGUCACAGAAGACCCCAAGACCAAGGAAAACAAGCAGUUACUUAAAGAAAGGAGAAAUACGAGAGACGAGACUGAUACAUGGGCAUAUAUAGCUGCAGACGGUGGUCAAGAGGUUGUGGACAGUACGUCCCAAGCGGACGAGAAUUCUGAUGGCAGACAACAGAUUUUGAGUUUCGGCAUGGAUUUGCAGUUGGAAUGGAUGAAAUUAGAGGAUUUUCAAAAACAUCUUGAUGGGGAAGAUGAGAAUUUUACAACAGCAGAUGCAAUUCCAAGCAAUUUAUUGAGGGAUGCUGUGAAAAACGGGGAUUAUAUUACUGUGAAGGUUGCACUUAAUUCAAGUGAAGAAUAUAACCUGGACCAAGAGGACUCGAGCGGGAUGACGCUGGUGAUGCUCGCGGCCGCUGGGGGCCAGGACGACCUGCUGAGGCUGCUCCUCAGGAAGGGGGCAAAGGUGAACGGCCGCCAGAAGAACGGGACCACCGCGCUCAUCCACGCUGCCGAGAAGAACUUUUUAACGACCGUGGCUAUUCUUUUGGAAGCAGGAGCUUUUGUAAACGUCCAGCAGAGCAACGGUGAGACGGCUCUAAUGAAGGCCUGUAAACGGGGGAAUUCAGACAUCGCCCGCCUCGUCAUUGAGUGCGGGGCUGACUGCAACAUCCUGUCCAAGCACCAGAACAGCGCGCUGCAUUUCGCAAAGCAGUGUAACAAUGUGCUGGUGUACGACCUGCUGAAGAAUCACUUAGAGACACUUUCAAGAGUAGCAGAAGAAACGAUAAAGGAUUACUUUGAAGCGCGUCUUUCUCUCCUAGAACCAGUUUUCCCAAUAGCAUGUCAUCGUCUCUGUGAGGGCCCAGACUUUUCAAUGGAUUUCAAUUACAGAACCCCACAGAACAUACCGGAAGGCUCUGGCGUCCUGCUGUUCAUUUUCCACGCAAACUUUUUGGGUAAAGAGGUCAUUGCUCGCCUCUGUGGACCGUGUAGUGUACAAGCUGUUGUUUUAAAUGAUAAAUUUCAACUCCCUGUUUUCCUGGACAGCCAUUUUGUUUACUCGUUCAGCCCCGCCGCAGGCGUCAAUAAACUCUUCAUCAGGUUGACGGAAGCGCCGUCCGCUAAGGUUAAGUUGCUAAUAGGUGCGUACAGAGUACAGCUGCAGUGACCAAAGAGUUGGGAGAGAGUUAUUCUCAGACCUAUUUCUAAACACUCUUCAAAGCAGUUUGGAAUUCUGGCACAGCUCACACUUCCAAAUUAAAAACCUUGCAUUUAAGGCCUGUCACCUGUUACAAUCUGAGAGAUGGGGCACAUGUGCAUCUAACAUAUAAAACCCAGAUGUAAGUACCUGUGCCAGGGUUCUGAAAUCUAGAUAUUGUGUCCAGACUGUAUGUUUUUCCACAAUGUGGAAUGGUUCAUAUGAGGAUUAUUUAAGAAAACUAAAACUUUUUUUUAACUUGAAAUUUUUUUUAC